UGAAUGUGAAUAUGUUGGUGUGGAGGCACAACAGGUAAACCUUAAGCGCAUACCUACCUUGCAGUGAAAUAACAUUCUUAUUACUAAUUACAAAGUGUAUAAGCUAACAAGAAGUUCACCAUCAGCGCAGCAGCCAUCUUUUUAAAAAAACCAAAAUCACCAUGAAGAAAUAACAAUAUGACGAUUGAAAUUAUACAAAAUUAAAAUACGUUUUGGUGUAGUUUUACAUUUUUGUAGUGUUUAGUUUUUUUUUAUUUUUUUUUUAAAUUUUGUUGAUUUAUUUUUGAUUUAAAAAAAAAAAUUAUUAAAAUGCCGUGUUCAGCAGUUACGUUAAGUUUAGCAACAAUAUUUGGUAUAUUAUCUGUGACGUUAUUGACUAUUGCAUUCACAACAGAUAAUUGGAUAAAUGUUGAAGUCAGGCGAAAUAAUAUACAGAAAUAUUUAACAAAUAAUGGUAAUAAUGCUGAAACGCAAGCAGUCCUUGAAGAUAUUAACAGUAAAUAUUACUAUUAUUCAAGAACACGAGGAUUGUUUAGAAUUUGUUAUCCCAAAGAAAGACCUCCAACAGUAAAAACAUACUUAAGUCCUGUUGAAACCCAUUGCAACAACAUUAACUACUACUUCCCAGAUACCGAUAAUGAAACAUCAGAUUUCUCAGAAGAUGCCAUAACAAAAUUGUAUAUGAGCCGAGCUGUAAUUGCAUUAUUUAUACUAUCAUUCGUUGUGACUGGUAUAUCAUGGAUUACUGGUAUUAUGGGUUGUUGGGUACGAGGUGCCGGUCGAAUAGCUGUUACCGCUGCACUUACACUACUAUCAUGUUUACUGGCUGCCGGAGCGAUGGGUCUUUGGCAUACAGUCGAUUAUUAUGAAAGAGAAAAAUUAGUCGGUGAAGAAUUUUAUCAACAAUGGAGUCAGGUAUUACGAGACAACGCCGUAGUGACAUAUGAUUGGUCAUUUGUACUUGGAUGGUUAAGUAUCGCAGCACAAUUGACAUCUUGUAUAUUAUUUUUCUGUGCAAGUCAUUGUUUAUCACUUGAAGUGGAACGCGAGAAAGAAGCAUUAGCUGCAGCAAAUGUUCAAUAUAUAAUGCCAGUAUAUCCACAAAAACAACAGUAUGCUUAUGCCAGUUAUCCUGCACCACCACAAGCUUAUCCAGGACCAUACUAUCACGGUGCAGCAGCACAAUAUGGUCCUUACAAUUAUUGAUGAAUAGUCACUAUUUAGACAAAUAUGACUUUGUUAAAGUCAAAACAAAAACAAUUCAAUGUACAUUCAUGUAUUUUCAGGGCAUGAGAGAGACGUCCAAAAAAAAAAAAAUCUUUAUUGAUAAUAAA